GGAAACUUGAUCGCAGCAUGGCGCGCCGGAUCGAGCGGCUGGAGCAAGCGGUCGUCGACAAGAUCGCAGCCGGCGAGGUCGUCCAUCGGCCCGCGAACGCGCUCAAGGAGCUUCUCGAGAACAGCCUCGACGCCGGCGCGCGCCAGAUAGCAGUCGUCGCCGGCGCCGGCGGGCUCAAGCUGCUGCAGAUCACCGACGACGGCUGUGGCAUUGCGCGCGAGGACCUCGACAUAGUCUGCGAGCGCUUCACGACGAGCAAGCUCCGGUCGUUCGAAGACCUGCGCGAGAUAUCCUCGUAUGGCUUCCGCGGCGAAGCGCUCUCGAGCGUCUCCCACGUCGCGCACGUCACGAUCACGUCCAAGACGAACGACCAGCCGUGCGCGUACCGAGCGCACUACCGCGACGGCGUCCUCGUGCCCAAGGUGCCGGGUGGCCCGACGGCCCCUGUGCCCUGCGCCGGCAAGACCGGAACACAGAUCCUCGUCGAAGACAUGUUUUACAACCUUACGACGCGCAAGCAAGCGCUCAAGAACGUCUCGGAGCAGUACCAGCGCAUCCUCGACGUCAAGCACCGCGAAGUCACUUGCGACGUCAACGUCUCCCAAGGCACGAGCCAAGUCGACGUGAUCAAGGCCAUUUUCGGUCCCUCCAUUGCAAGCGAGGUCAUCCCGGUCGCGUUCACCGAGGCAACGCCGGUCGGCAACGACGCGCCAGUGACGGCAACGGGCUACGUCACCAACGCCAACUACAACACGAAGAAGGCCACGUUCAUCCUCUUUAUCAACAACCGGCUCGUCGAGUGUCCGACGCUCCGGCGGGCCAUCGAGCACGUCUAUGCGCAGUACCUCCCCAAGCACAGCCAUCCGUUCGUGUACUUGGCCAUGGCGAUUCCGCCCAUGAACGUCGAUGUGAACGUCCACCCGACAAAGCGCGAGGUGCAUUUCCUGCAUGAAGAAACGCUGGUGCAGGCGAUAGCUGAUUACGUCGACGCACUGCUUCGUGGCGGGAACGAGUCGCGCGUCUUUGCGGUCCAGCCCAUCGCGUCGAUGCUCACGUCCCACUUGGUGACGCGCCAGGUCGCGGCGUCGUCGAGCGCACUCUUUUCCCAAGACAGCGCAGCCGACAACGAAGAGGAUGCCGAUGACGCGUCUUCCGACGACCAGGCGACGCCAAAGCGCAAGGCGAAGAAACGACCAUGGGACGAGACGUCGCCGCUGGUGCAUGUGAGCUUGACCAAAGCCAAAGCCAAAACGUACGUUGCGGCCAAGGCACCGCAGCGGCUCGUGCGCACCGACCACCAAGCGACGACGAUGGACCAAUUCCUUGUGUCGGACACGUCGUUCCAUGCGGACGACGAAGAUGACGUCACCAUGGACUUGGACUCGACCUUGGACGAAAGCGAAAUCCUACCACCGACGCCGCGGCGGGCCAGCCAAGACACGCCGAGCACGGCCGACGGCGAACUUGGGGAUGGCAACGACGACGACGAGGAUGUGGAUCCGCAGAGCUUGACGAGCAUCAUGAACCUCAAGGACCAGAUUCGAGCGCGCUGCGAUCGCAGCUUGACCAAACUCUUUCGCGAGCACACGUUUGUCGGGCUCGUCGACGACCACUACUCGGUGAUCCAGCACUUGGAAAAGCUGUACAUCGUUCGCCACGGCGCCGUGGCCAUGGCACUCAUGUUCCAGCACAUUGUGCGUCAGUUUGGGUCCUUCUCGACCAUCACGCUGCACGAGCCGCUCCCGAUCAUGGACCUCGUGCUCUGCGCGCUCGAGAAUCCACAGAAUCUGUACUCCGAGGCCGACGGCCCCAAAGACGCCAUCGCCCGCGCAAUCCAAACAACGCUGCUCGACAAGGCGCCUAUGCUGGCCGAGUACUUGGGCGUGCACUUUACGCCCGAGGGCUUGCUGGCACGCAUUCCUGUCGUCUUGCCCGGCCACGAGCCAUCCAUGCACGCGUUGCCUGAAUUCAUUUUGCGGCUCCAAGACGUCAAUUGGGACGAGGAAGAAGCGUGUUUCGAAGGUGUGUGUACGACGCUCGCGCUGUGGUACAGCGACAUGGCGUACCCCGAGGCCUCAAGCGAGAAGGCGGCGCAUGUGCUCAAGCACGUCAUCUACCCCGCGCUCAAGACGACGCAGUUUGAGCCCCCGCACCAGCUCCACGACAAUGGGAUUCUGCGCCCGAUCGCGAGUCUGAGCAACCUCUACAAGAUCUUUGAACGCUGCUAAGAGCACAGUACGCUG